AUUGAGUUUCUGAGCAGUGCCAUGGCAGAAGCUCUGGAUGAUCUGAGGGACAGGCUCAUGAAAGAAUUGUCUGAAGCUGACCUGAGCUUGUUUCCAAGGCAGCCUCACACCAUCCUAGCGGCGCAUUUUUCAGGGUGCUGGGAGCAGUGUCCCUUUUGUGGGGCUGUCUGCACAAACACCAUGCGGAAUCACGAUGGAGACCAUCAGCUGGUCUACCAUCGCCCAGAAGCUUUGACGGGAUUCAACUGGCAUGAGACCGACCACCUGGUCAUUGAUAUUUGUUCCAGCCUUGUUGCAAGUGACUGCAAAUUCAGAGUUGGUGACAAUGAAUGGAUCCCAUACAAGAGAUACCGUGAUGCUGGACCUCCUUUUUCCACUUGGAACAUUCUUCCUGAUUCAUCCAUGCAGGCGUACUGGAAGUGGUUUGUGUCUCAUUUCAAGACACAGCUGGAAGCUCUGUACAAUGGGAGAUUUCACGGUAGAGGAGAAAUCCCUGAGGCAUGGCAG